AAACGACUGCAACAAUUGUUCCUUUUUUCGUAAAUUUGUCCUUGUUUGGCGCUUUUGUACAAAGCAAUGGAAUCUGGUCCCAAUGGGAUAAAAGUUGAACCGACACUUGAACAACAACAUCUACAGCAGCAGCACCAGCAACAACAGCAGCAGCAUCAUCACCAUCAGCAGUAUCCCACCAAUCUGCUAGCUCUCAAUGGCUCGAAUGCACGCUUACUUAUCGAUCAUCCGCUGUUAGUACCGCUGUCGCAUCAUGAACAACAAUUACAACAACAGCUACAGUUGCAGCAGCAGCAUCAACAUCAGCAACAACUCCAGCAACACCAUCUACAACAGCAACAGUUGCAACAGCAUUUAGCUUCUCAACAGCAGCAACAACAGCAGCAGCAACAGGCGGAUCAACAGCAGCAGCAACAGUUACAACAAUUGCAACAGCAUCAACAGUUGCAGCAAUUAACUGCCGUCUAUCCACAGCCGUUGUCGCUUAAACAACAACCCCUUCCUACACCAAUUGUUAGUAAUGCAGUUGCCAGUGUUGGUGCCCCGGUCGGCGCUGGCACAGGCGGUGUAACUACCACAGCCUUGGGCCCGGCCUCUAUCACAUCUUCAACCUCAUCGGCUGUUCGACAUCGUUGGAAUGAAAGUCCCGAAGCUAGAGCUCGACGCCUAGCACGCAACGCUGAACGAAUGCGGGAACGACGUAACCGCGAAACAGAAGAAGAAUAUCGCAAGCGGCUGGCCCGCAAUGCCGAAGCCAAUCGCCUACGUAGACAAAACGAAAACGAAAUGGAGCGGGCAAUGCGCCUAGUACGUAAUGCCGCCCGACAGCGUCUGCGUCGCGCCAUGGAAUCUCCCGACCAGCGGUCCAAACGACUGAUCAAACUUGCCGAACGUAUGCGUAUGUAUCGAGCCAAUGAGACUCCCGAACAGAGGAAAAUACGGCUGGCCGAGAUGGCAUCACGGGCCCGUCAACGUAUUGCCAAUGAAUCGCCGGAAUCGCGUAAGGAACGACUGAAAAAACUCAAUGAAUAUGCAAGAAAGGUCAGAGAAAAGAAAAAAAUUUUAAAAACUGGCGCGGCGCAGACUCCGAAUUCCAUCCAGAAUUCGAAUACGACGACGCAAAGCGCUACAAAUAAUUGUAAUAAUGACUCUUUAAAUCUAAAUCAUCAGGCACCAGCAUCUGCAUCGACAACAAGCGGAACCACAACAACACCGGGCAGUGGUGGUGGUGGAGGCGCAGCUGGAACAAAUGGUAGCGGCAAUUCUGCAACGCCAACCGGCAAUGAGGAUCUCUCCCGGCAAGGUAGCGCCAAUGGAACUGCUGGAGGUGGAGGAGAUCCACAUCAAUUAGCUGCAUCAUAUCAACAGGCUGCCGUCCUGGCUGCCAAUCCCAUUGAAUACUAUCAGAAUAUGUUUAUUAAUCCAACAACGUUACGCACAGGUAGUGCCACCAUCUUGAAGCAGGAACCACAAACACAACCACAACAACAAUCUAAUAGUAGCCUACAACAAAAUCGCUUUGGCACACCACACCAACAGCAAACGGGGGGUGGAGGUGGAGCCGUAGGUGGUGCCAGUUUGCUUGUCGAUUCGGAGGCAUCAAAUCUCUUUUCACAGCAUCUGUACGAUGAGGCAUCACAAAAGGUAUCCAUUAAACUGCCACAAACAGCAGCUAAUGUUCCUCAUUUCAGCACAAUCGCUAGCUCAUUAGAUUUAUAUCAACAACAGAAUAAGUAUGCUAAGAAGCAGGAGCUUCAACAGACAAACAACAACUCACCAAGCAGUAAUAUCAACAACAGCGGGUCUGUUGGAGGAGUCUCUAGCGCUGCCAGUCAAAAUGAGAAAAACGAGGGACAAAAACUGAAGACAACACAUCCACAAAUACAAAAUCCUCCCACACCACUCUACAAUCAAUUUCCAUAUUUGGCCACAUUUCCAGCGGCUGCCACAGCAGCUGCAGUAGCAAAUACCACAGUUGCAGUUACCACACCGCCGAAUACACCAACACAAACGGCUCCCGCUGCUGCUUACUAUCCCAUGUAUCAUAAUGGCUUUCAGUUGGGCAUAGCACCGAAUACCGUACCGCCACCAUUUACUCCGGUACAUUUUACCACAGCAUCGAAUGCAGUGGGAGGAUCCACGACGGGAUCAUCGCCGCCUAAUUCGGCCAGUCAACAACAACAGCCGCAGCAGCAGCAACAACAGGCACAACAGCAGCAGACACAUGUUAUACAGGAUUUUCCAAAAGCGGUCCGCGGUCGUCCUAGAAAGCUGAUAUUUAACAACAACAGUAAAGAUCCAUUGAAUAUGUCGCCGGACGAUAUACUCCUGCAACAGCAUCAACAGAAAAUGAGUGCACUGCUGGAGCAAGAGAUCAAUCAAAUGUUAGCCUCACCACAGUUGACACAGCGACGCGGACGUGGGCAACAACAUUCCCAACUAUCACCCAUGCCGCGUAAACUCAAAUAUGAAAACGACGAAGAAAAACGCAAACGCUUGGAAAAAAUGGCCGCCCAUCAACGUGCUCUGCGUGCCAAUGAAACGCCUGAACAACGGGCAGUGCGUCUACAAAAGUUAAGCGAACGUGCGCGUCAAAAACGCGCGGAAAUACGUGCCACCGAAACACCCGAGGAACGGAAAAUUCGCCUUGCCAAACAGGCGGAAUAUGCACGAAUGCGUCGCCUUCGGACACACACACCCCAUUAUAAUCGUGUUAAACUGGAAAACGAUACAGCUGGCGGUGGUAGUCGCGGUGAUGCUGCGUCACCCUCAACGGAUCUUUACGGUUCAACUGGUGGUGCCUCAACAAAUGGCUACGAUACCAAAAAUAAUAUCUCGGCUGAUUUACACAGCGCAGGGAGUUUAAGUGGUGGCAGCUUAUCGCAGGAGAGUAGUCCUUCAAAUAGUCAGGAUCAUCAAUUACAACAGCAACAACAACAGCAGCAGCAACAACAACAUCAACAGCAGCAACAACAACAACAGCAGCAACAAAUAUUAAUGCAACAACGUAUGUUGCAAACACCUAAUCUUCUCAAUCACAUCAGCAGCAACAACAACAAUAAUAAUAAUUUUUUAAAACAGCAACAAGGCAAGGAUUUUAAUAAUCAAACAAAUUCAACAAAUCAACCGGAAAACAAUAACGACAUGUUAAAAAUUCUCGAACCCAUAAUUGUUAUGAAAACAAAAUAA